AUGCAAAGAUGUCCAUUCAAAUUUCAGUGAUUCUUAUUUACUGCUAUUAAUAACUGAAAGACUACAACCUUCAAAUAAGAAAAGAGAAGAUGGGCGUUUUGAGUUAUGAUAGGAAAGCUGAGCUCACAGAGUUCGACGAAACCAAAACUGGCGUGAAAGGACUUGUAGAUGCCGAAGUUACAGAGGUCCCUCGGAUAUUCCUCUUACCUUCACCUGAAAAUCUAAACUCUGACCAAGAUGUUAGUCUUCCGACCAUCGACCUCAAAGGAAUCCAUGAAGAUCCUAUCCGGAGAAAGCAGGCGAUGGAAGAAGUGAAGGAUGCAUUGGGGAGUUGGGGGUUCUUUCAGAUUGUGAAUCAUGGAAUUCCGGUUGAAGUGUUGGAGGAGAUGAAAAAAGGAGUUUUAGCGUUUUUUGAGCAGGAUAGUGAGGUGAGGAAAGAGUGGUACACGAGGGAUUACUCAAGGAAGGUAGUGUAUAACAGCAACUUUGACUUGUACUCUGCACCGGUGGCUAACUGGCGAGACUCUGUCAUGUGCACCGUGUAUCCUAAUCCUCCUCAACCAGACGAGUUGCCUCCGCCUUGCAGAGAUAUUUUACUGGAGUACUCGAGCAAAGUAAUGAAACUCGGAUGUUCUAUAUUGGAGUUGAUGUCUGAGUCUCUAGGGCUUGCCCCCAAUCA